AUGAAGGCAAUAGAAACAACUUUUUUUGUUUUCUUUUUCUCCAACAUCCAUCUUUCUUUUCUUACCCCCUCUCUCUCUUUUGUUCUCUCUUUCUUUCUCUUUAUUUUUUUCUCUUGUUUUCUUCUCUUUGUCUUUUUCUUUUCUCUUUGUUUUUCUCUUGUUUCUUUUUCUCUUUGUUCCUCUCUCUUUAUUUUUCUCUAUCUUUCUUUUCCUUCUUUCUUUCUUUCUUUCUUUCUUUCUUUCUUUCUUUCUUUCUUUCUUUCUUUAUUUCUAUUACUUGAUUUCCCCCUUUCUUUUCCCUUUUAUUUCUUUUUAGUUUUCAGUUUAAAUUCCAUCUCUUUAUUGUUCGUUCUUCUUUAUCCCCUUUUCCUCUUUUGUUUUUCUCUUUUCUUGAUUUUUCCUUUUCUUUCUUUUUCCUUUGUUUUCCCCCUUUUCUUUUCGUUUAUUUUCGUUUCUCUCUCUCUUUUUUUUAACUAUUUAUAUACCGUAUUUUUUUUCUUUUCUCCUUCGACUUGUUUUCUUCUAUCUCUCUCUACCUUCGAUCUCUCAUUUUUCUUCGCCUUAUUUAUUUUUUCCACUUCUAAAAUAAUUUCUUAUUCCUUCUUUAUCUUUACUUUAUUUAUUUCAUUCGUUCCUUCCUGGCUGCUUUAUUCCCUUUUCUUUCUUUCUUUUUUUUUUCACUCCUCUUUCUUUUUUCAUUUUUCUUCUCUCUUUUAUUUCUUAUUCUUUCUUUAUUAUCUAUAUUUCAACUUCACAUCCUCUCUAUCUCUCUUUCUCUGUAUUCCUUUCCUUUCCCAUUUUAGAACAAUUUCUUUCUUUCUUUCUUUCUUUCUUUCUUUCUUUCUAUUUUGA